AUGAUUUUGUCUAUAAUAAUUCGUUUAUUACUUUCAUUUCGUCGUGAAAAAAUUUUAACAAAACAAGGAUCAAAAUAUAAUAGUUCAAUAAUAAUUUCACAAUGUGGAUCAAAACGAAUAAUGCAUUUUAAUAGUUUAUUAAAUGGUUCCCAAGCACAAAUUGAUUUAAAUCGAAUUGAUUAUCCAUGUUUUGAUUAUAUUCAAUUAAUGAUUACUUCUUUAAUUUAUUAUCCAUUUGUAUUAGAUGAAAAAAAUAUUUUAAUUAUUGGUCUUGGUGGUGGAACACUUGCACGUGCUAUUAGAAAAAUUUAUCCAAUGUCAUUUAUAACAAUUAUUGAAAUUGAUCCACUUGUUAAUGAAAUGGCACAAAAAUAUUUCUUUUUUCAAGAAGAUUCGAGAAUGAAAGUUUUUCUUAUGGAUGGACGAACAUUUUUAAACAAUUUAUCAAAUCAAAAUCAUUAUGAUAUUAUUUUUCUUGAUGCAUAUGAUUUUAAUAGUGGAUUACCUUCACAUAUGAAAACACAAGAAUUUUUUUUUGAAGUUAAAAAUUGUUUAAAUCAAAAUGGAGGUUUAUUAAUUGUAAAUCUUGUUUGUAUAUAUAAAUCUUAUUUAAAUGUUCGUCAAACGAUAAAUUCUGUUUUUAAUCAAACAAAUUUAAUAACAUAUCGUUCAAAUGAUUUUGUUAAUAUGAUUCUUAUUGCAUCACCAUUUAUUCAAUAUACUCCAAAUAUAAAUGAAAAAACUCAAAUACUUAAUGAAAUCAAACAAAAAUUAUCAAUUGAUCCUUAUUCGUUAUUUAAAAGAAAAGAAGAACAAUCUUCAAAUAAAAAUAUUUCAGCAAUAAUUUAUACAGAUAAUAUGCAAUGUCUUGAAAAUGAACAAGAAAUGUCAUUAACACAAUUUAUUAGUGUUGUCUAA